GAGAGGGAAAAGGGGGAGGGAAAAUGUCUUGUUUGUGGCUUGUCAGCAAUUGCCUGAGACAAGCUUCCAUGUGUGAAAGCUACUUGGCAUGAAUGCCUGGGCCGUACCAAGUCUCCCAGCGGCCAGAGGGGGAGUCACAAGAAAAGCAGAUCAGUACAGAGGCAGACAAUAGGCCCCUAAAGUGUUCCCCCUAAAGUUGCUUUGAUGUUGUCCCAGUGUCUUCACACUAAGGGCCAGAGAUUGCGAGGAAAGUCGCCUUGUGGUCUCCAUUGAUUCGUCCCCCCUUUUCCUUCUACUUGCAGAAAAUGCAUCUUAAGGAAUCCUCCUGGUGAAAAGAAAAGGUAGCAGCGGCUGAACGUAGCAAAGGAUUACGCGUGAAGGCUGGGAGAACCUUGGGAUGAGGAAUUCUUCUGAGUGCUGAGGGGAUUGUCCACGUUCUACCGCGUUUGGUGAUAUUCCCUUUUCCCGAGGCGGUUGGAUGGGCUGAUAGUCGGCCGGUCGCAGCCACUAGGAAGUCCCGCGUCGCGCACGGCUUGUAAGACCACCGCACCAGGUAAUUUGUUCCUCUGUCGCUCGGGCCCUCAGACUAUCCUCCAGGAUGAGUACUGCUGUCUCGUGAGCCCAGGGACCCGCGCGCCCUGGCGAUGCACGGCGUUCCUCCUGCAACGAGCGGCACAUGUCCGAAGAAUGCUGGAGCUGCAGGAGGGGAGAGCAAACUUCAACAAGAGAGAGCGAAUCAAGAAGGAGAAAGACGAGCAAAAGGACAACACUGACAAAAGCACUUCGCAGAAAGCCCUGAAGACCCCGAGCCCCCCAAAGAACUUGGCCAGCCCCCCCGCGUCUGUGACCGUGAGCUCGGGAUCUCUGUCAAUGCAUUCCAGUAACCCCAAAGUGCGCAACUCCCCGUCAGGAAACACACAGAGCAGCCCAAAAUCUAAGCCGGAGGUUAUGGUACAUCCUCCUUCCGUGAUGUCUCCGUCUGGCAACCCCCAGCUGGACCCGAAAUUCUCCAGCCAAGGGAAGCAGGGAAGCUCUACGAGCCAGUCGCAGGCCUCGCCUUGUGACCCAAAGAGUGGCAACCAUACCCCCAAACCGCUGCAGGGGCCGGGGGGCAGCAUGGGACUCAAGAACGGGGCAGGGAACGGAGCCAAAGGGAAAGGGAAAAGGGAAAGAAGUAUUUCUGCUGAAUCGUUUGACCAGAGAGACCCAGGAACUCCCACUACAGACUCGGAAAUCAAAGAGUGCAACACUACAGAGCCGGUGAUGCCCUUAGAGCCGCACCCCACGCACGCCAUGACCCCUUCCAAUACCUCCGUCCCCAGGUCUUCCACUCCUUCGCACGGGCAGACCAUUCUUGACUCUGCGCCCGAAAGAAAAACUCCAUCGAAAGUGGUCUAUGUCUUUUCUACUGAAAUGGCCAAUAAAGCUGCCGAAGCGGUUAUGAAGGGGCAGGCGGAAUCCAUCGUUCUCUUCCACAUCCAGAGCACCUCAAACAGCAAAGCUGAACGCACUUCGACUCCGACGAACUCUCAGAUACCUGCUACUAUUAGAAAUGAACCCAAAACGAAUGCCCGCGCGCCUACGCCCCAAGAACAGAACCAUUCGCAAGCUGCCAAAGCGCAAUCGAAUCAGACUGGCCCAGCACUGCCUCCCAAGACUACCCCUUCUCAUUGCUCGCUUGGACAGGAUAGCGGGACCGCGGACAACAAAAUCGCAGCCAGCAGCCCGGCCAACGCGAACAUGCUACAGACUGAAGGGUGCAGGCAAAGUUCUACCCCUAACACGCAAGUCCCCAGCCCUUUACCGCAAGGGAACGCCCCCCCUCCCGUAGAUUCCAAGACGGAGACAAAAGCUCCCCCGCAGCCGCUACCGGGAGGAGAUCCAGCGUCUCUGGGUGACAAUCCUGAUGGGCUUUCUCAAGAACAAUUAGAGCACAGAGAACGGUCUUUGCAAACCCUGCGAGAUAUUCAGCGGAUGCUCUUCCCUGACGAGAAAGAGUUUGCCAUAAAGGACAUUACAGGCCAAAGUGGGGGACCUCAACAGAACCCUGGAAUGCUGGACAAUCCACAGAAGAAACUUGAAGGCCCUAUCCAGGCAAUGAUGGCUCAGUCGCAAAAUUUAGGUAAAGGUCCAGGACCUCACCCGGAUGGUGGAAUGCCGUUUGGGCCCCAGGGUCACAGAGAGAUGCCUUUUUCACCAGAGGAUAUGGCACCACCAAUGAAUCCUCAGCCUGGCCAAGAUCACCUGGACCACAUGACUCCAGAGCAGGUGGCAUGGCUUAAAUUACAGCAGGAGUUCUAUGAGGAGAAAAGACGGAAGCAGGAGCAGGCCGUGGUCCAGCAGCGGUCUUUGCAGGAUAUGAUGGUACACCAGCAUGGACCUAGAGGCAUGGUCCGUGGCCCUCCACCUCCUUACCAGAUGAAUCCUGGAGAGAGUUGGGGGCCAGGAGGUCCAGAGCCUUUUUCUGACGGCAUGGGAUUGCCACAUCCUAUGCCACCCAAAGGUAUGCCCCCUCAUCCAAAUGUGCCUGGAAGCCAAAUGCACCGAUUACCUGGGUUUGUUGGCAUGAUGAACCCAGACAUGGAUGGACCUAACGUUCCCAACCCUGCAUCCAGGCCUGGGCUUCCCGGCGUUAACUGGCCUGACGAAGUGCCGAAAAUACCAGACGGACGCAACUUCCCCCCUGGACAAAACAUAUUUAGCGGCCCGGGCCGAGGGGAGAGAUUCCCGAAUCCGCAGGGUAUGCCGGAUGACAUGUUCCAUCAGCACGUUUCGGAAAAGCAACUUGGCGUGCCCCCCGGGAUUAACAUGGAGGCGAUUAGACCUGUUAUGGAAAUGAACCGAGGCAUGGCACCUCAGAGGGGUAUGGAGCCUGGAAGCGGCAUGUUCCCUCGGAUGCCAGGAGAUGCAGCACUGAGCCCAUCGAGGAUAGAAUUCCACAAGGGGAUGCCCCCCAACAUGGGCCCGAACCGAGAGGUGGACUUUGGCAUGGGCCCCGGGAAUAUGAACAUGAAGGUCGACAUGAACCUGAAUGUUAACAUGAAUUCCAACCAGCAGUUAAUGUCUCAGAAGAUGAGAGAUGUGGUUAUGGGCGCCGAGGAGAUGAUGAAGAUGAGACCAGGCAGCUCAGAGAUGCUCCCCAACCAGCAAAAAAUGCAUUCUGCGCCGUUUGAGCACUCCCAGCAGGAGUAUGGCAUGGGUUCCAGGCCUUUUCUCAACAUGCCCCAGGGGCCUGGCGGCGUGUUAAGAAAUCCUAGGGAUCAGAUGGGGCCCGAUCAAAGGACUAAUAGCCGGCUCAGCCACAUACCACCUCUACCUCUCAACCCAAACAGCAACCCGGGCAACCUCAACGUCGCGCCUCCCGGUCAGCGCAGCCUGGGGCGCAAGCCUUUGGAUAACGUUUCUGUUUCGGGCGGUCAAGUGAACUCUCCUGGCGUGAACCCUUUAAAAUCCCCAACCAUGCGCCAGGUCCAGUCUCCGAUGUUGGGCUCCCCAUCCGGCAAUCUUAAAUCCCCUCAAACUCCGUCUCAGUUAGCCGGGAUGCUGACGGGACCGACGGCUGCGGCUGCUGCUUCCAUUAAGUCCCCGCCGGUUAUGGGGUCCGCUGCUGCUUCCCCUGUCCACCUGAAGUCUCCGUCCUUACCGGUACCUUCCCCGGGUUGGACGUCUUCUCCGAAACCUCCAAUGCAAAGUCCGGGGAUCCCCCCGAACCAGCACAAGCAGCCCCUAGGCAUCACCUCACCAGCCAUGAUGGGGAAUAUGGAAUCAGGAGGCCCACCUCCAUCAGUCAGCCAGUCUGCUUCGAUAAAUCACCCCGGAAGUCUUCCCUCCAGCACUAGCUACACAAUGCCGCCUGAGCCUACUCUUUCCCAAAACCCUCUCUCCAUUAUGAUGUCUAGGAUGUCAAAAUUUGCCAUGCCCAGUUCCACACCUUUGUAUCAUGACGCCAUCAAAACGGUGGCUAGUUCAGACGAUGAUUCCCCUCCCGCCCGCUCACCCAACCUACCAUCUAUGAAUAACAUGCCAGGCAUGAAUAUGAACAGCCAGAAUCCUAACAAGAUGCCGGGUCCACAUGGCGGCGUUUCCAUGCCAACACUAAGUCCUAUGGGUAUGACACAGCCCCUGUCCCAUGGUGGCCAGAUGCCGUCUCCAAACGCCAUGGGUCCCAAUGUACCGCCUCACGGAGGUCCUAUGGGACCGGGGAUGAUGUCGCAUAAUCCAAUGAUGUCACACGGCCCUCAAGAUCCUCCCAUGGUACCUCAGGGACGCAUGGCUUUUGCCCAAGGUUUUCCUCAAGUGCAGUCUCCUCCACAAGUUCCCUUCCCGCACAACGGCCCUAAUGGAGGCCAAGGAAACUUUCAAUCCGCAAUGGGCUUUCCAGGAGAAGGACCUAUGGGUCGCCCUGGCAAUCUGCCUCCAAAUGACCCAGCACUUUGUAAGUCUGGCUGUCCGACGGGGCCGGAUUCCUUUAAUGUCAUGGGAAAUAAUAUGCCUUCGGUUUUCACAGACCCGGACCUGCAGGAAGUCAUUAGACCGGGGGCUUCUGGGAUCCCCGAGUUUGACCUGUCUAGGAUUAUUCCAUCGGAAAAACCCAGUCAAACACUGCAAUAUUUCCCUCGUGGGGAAGUUCCAGGCAGAAAGCCGCAACAAGGACCUGGUUUCUCGCACUUGCCUGGUAUGAUGGGAGAGCCAAACCCGAGAAUGGGUCUUCCUAUGCCUGGUAUGGGAGGGCCGGGGCUUACGGAUAUGCCCUUAGGCGGUGGUCCGAACAUGCCAGGCCACAACUCUAUGAGGCCACCGGGUUUUAUGCAGCAAGGAAUGAUUGGACCUCACCAUCGCAUGAUGUCACCAGCACAAUCAGGAAUGCCUGGCCAACUGACUAUGAUGGGAAAUCCAGGAGGGGUGGGUAUGAUGCCAGGAAAAGAGAGAAUGCCUGGAGGACUUUAUAGCCACCCUGGACCCGUGGGAUCUCCCAAUAUGUUGAUGUCAAUGCAGGGGAUGAUGGGACCUCAACAAAACCUCAUGAUUCCCCCACAGAUGCGCCCCAGAGGUAUGCCUACUGAUGUUGGAAUGGGUGGAUUCAGUCAAGGGCCGGGUAACCCUGGGAACAUGAUGUUUUAAGCUGCUACGAAUGGACAAAUUGGAACUUGUAGAAGUGAGAUUGUCUCCCAAGAGAUCUUAACGUAUAAGGAGUCCCAUAUGGCCAUGCAAUAGGUGAAAAAGGACCCAAAUGAAACUUUGGAGGAAACUCAAGAAUGUAUGAAACUAUCUGAGCAUUGCUUUCAUUUAUUCAACAGGUGUUUAGUUUUUGUUUUGUUUUUUUUUUCUUCUCUUUUUUUUUUUUUUUUUUUUUUUUUUAAGAUUUUAUUUUUAAAAAAAAUAUUUUUGUGGACUUUGGUACCCCAUAAUGGCACCUGCUUUUGGGGAGAGAAAAAAAAAUGAAAAAAAAAAUCUGUAGCUGUAUUUUGAGAAUUGCCAUUUGUCAUAAGUUGCACCAUCCUGUAUGUUUACGUUGUUUGGAUUGGCUUCUUCGGGACACUUGGUAACCCUUUUUUUUUUUUGUGUACUGUACUAUAUUGUAAAAGGGAUUUUAGCCGAGACGCUUGAGGGGAGAUUGAUUCAGUGCUGUUUACUUUAAGUGGGUAAUCCAUCUUGUUACUUUUUUUUUUUUUUUCUCCUUUUAACUCCAUUGUAUAGUAAACCAAACUAUGACCUCAUACAAAAAGAGUAUUAUUAAAAAAAAAAAAGCACAAAUGAACUAUUAUGUCCAGUUAGGGGGAUCUCCUUUCUUUAAAAAAAAAAUUAAAAAAAUCUAAAAAUAAUAAAAAAUCAGACUGUGGAGAGCAACUACAUUUUUGUUUGUUUUUGUCUGGUUUGCUCCCUCCCAAUCUCAUCAUUCUAUGUAGGUGUAAUGUCCUUGUUUGUUGUUUUUUGUUUUUUUCCCCCCCCCGCUGUGUUGUGUUUUUUAUUUUGGGGGUGGGGGAUAAAUCUAGGUGAGAACUGGCUCCAUAUUUUGGUAAUUCUUAAUCAUGUUCACCCUGAAGCCAGGCUAGAAUGCCUUUUCAUAUAUCCAUGGGCUGUCAGACCAUAUGCAGUAAUUAUCCUGACUCUUAGGAAUCCCAAAUAAUUCAUGAUGCGGGAGUGGAUGCGGUGGGAUAUAUAUAUAUAUACGAGAGUUUUUUUUUUUCUCCAUUUUGUGACGGUUACUUUUCACUCUUCCUCUUGUCCCUCUUACCCCAGCGUUUUAAAGCAUUCUGUGUAAUCUCCAUUAAAUUUGGUACAAAACCACUUGCCAGGGCUGUGGUGUUGGAAAAAUAAAAUAUAUUUCUUACAAAA